ACAAAAGUAAUAGGAAAAAUCAAAGGAUAAAUCACACGGGUGGCAGGAAGUCAUUUGUUAGGCUAAUGGAGGAAAAGGUGAAGUUAUACAUUUAAUUAACAAAGUCAUAUAGUGUUUUUCUUCCUGUUUCCAUUAUGAAUAUUUUACUUAUUAAACUGAUGUUAAAAUCAUGAAGCGGGAACAAGCUCCAAAUCAUGUUGCUUUCUAUCGGGAGGUGCAUUGGUCUACAAAGAAGGGUAGAUUUAUUACUGAAGCUGCUGAGCACAACUACAAUAUGAUGCUUGAGCGGAUGAAUGAGAUGGAACCAGAAGAUAACAAUGAUGAGAAUGCCAAUGCAGUGUUUAAGGAGGUGUUGGGUUCCCGAUCGGGCUAUGCUAGAGGUUUAGGACACUUAGUUAUACCUGAACCAUCUCAAUCCUUGCUAUCCAAUAGGGAGUUUGAACGUCUUAGGGAGGAGAAUGAGAAGAACAAGGCAGAGAAUGAGAAGAACAAGGCUGAGGCAGAGUUGUUCAAGAAGAAAUUUGAGACAUUUAUGAAUGAUUUGGAAAAGAUGAAUGCUUGUUUUUUAGAGUGUGACAGGCUUAAUGAACGUGUUACAGAAUUAGAGUCCCAAAGGGAGUCUCAACGGGAGACUCCAGGAGAUGCGUAGGCAUCCUCCCCUUCACAACACUUUUGUUGAAUUUUUUGAUGGUAUUUUGAACCUUUGCUGGAGUAGCAUAGAAAAUGCAUGAAGCAUCCUUUUGUUGAGCAUCCUUUUGAAUGAUAUUUUAUGAGUUGGUGG